AUGGGUUGUGGAGCAAGCAAACCAUCCAAUAAAAUUGCUCCUGAGCCUCCCGAAUCGACACACUCAUCGGUCAAAUUACCUGUUGAAACAGAUAUUAAGUUCGAAAAAGGUAAUUUUGAAAAACCUGACGUAAAAGCAAUUUUAUUAGGCGCCGGUGAGUCUGGCAAAUCAACAAUUUCCAGACAGCUUAAACGCUUGUACUGUGGAGGCUUUACCAACUCAGACAGGCAUCACUUUAAGAACGUAAUUAGCAUUGCAAUCAUUUCGGAUUUCAAAUUACUAAUAGAUGAUUUGAGAAAAAGUUCAUAUUCAUAUCCAAAUGAGUUAGAUGAUAUUAUGGAUCAAAUUAAGGCACUCGAAGAUACCGACCCCAUUGAUCAUCCGAUUUCCCAAUUAAUUUCGCGCGUCUGGGAAGACCCUUCAAUGAAAAGAAUAUAUGAAGAAUCAAAUUCUGUCGGAAUUGCCGAAAAUUUCGACUAUUUCUUAAAUAAUAUUUCUCAAAUCGCCGAGUCCAACUAUGUCCCAUCAGAUUUAGAUAUCCUUAAGGCAAGAAUUAGAACUACAGGUAACUCAGAUCUUAAAUUGAUGGUCGAAAAGGUAAAAUUACAAUUAGUUGAUAUUGGUGGUCAAAAGAACGAACGAAAGCAUUGGGAGUCAUGUUUCAGCCAUCUUAACUAUAUUAUAUUUGUACAAGCCCUUUCUGAAUUCGAUCAAGUUUUAUUCGAAGAUAAAGUCACAAGUAGAGUUGCAGACUCACUCGCCAUAUGGGACAUGAUCCUUAGCAAGCCUCUUCUUACUGAAUUACCGAUUUUCCUUGUAUUUAACAAGAAAGAUCUAUUCGAAACUAAAUUAAAGAAAUGUCCUGAUAGAUUCAAGACAUCUUUCCCUGAAUUCAACGGUGAUGUCAAUAAUAUUGAUGAAUGCUUGGAGUAUGUUAAGACAGUAUUUUUAAACGCUGCACCUCCUCAAAGAAGAAACAAAAUAUUCCCGAUAUUUACAUGCGCUAUGGAUGAGUGUUCCAUAUCUAAGCUUAUUAAUACAAUCGGAAAACAAAUUCUUAUUGACAAAAAUCUUUACUAA